AUGAACUUACCAAUGAACCAUUCUGUAAAUACAUCGAAUCUACUUCCGAACUUCACUAUACUCUCAGACCCAAUUAAUGAAACGUUUCUACAACUGAUGCAGCAGCAUCAAACCGUUCAACAACUGAAAACUGAACAAACUGUGUUGUUAGAAGGCAAAGUUCUCGAAAGCGUAAUUCGAAAAGCGAUUCUUGAUCAGAUUCAAAAUAAAAAUAGCAGAAUUAACAUCCAUGGAGAGUUAAAAAUCGCAAUUGAUUCUAAAGCUCCUAUCACUGUUAAAAUUAAUUUUCAUUCUCCACCGGCUUCCAGGAGAAAAUCAUACACCCCUGUUCGAAUUCUCCCUACUAUUCCACAUUCACCGGACUCAAUGAGCAUGAAUUCGGGGACAUUCGAUAUCGCCCGCUCUGGUUCAUUCCAUUCAACUGAAAUUUCUACAGUUGCGCCUUUGAAAACAGAUUUUAGAAGCAGGUUGAAUAAUCGGUGUGAAGAUUAUGAAUCCUCUAAAAAAAGGACGUCAACUUCAAAACGAAGAUCUACCUCUAGUCGUCGAAACUUCCCAUGUAAUCAGUGUAACAAGAUGGAAUUUCUUUCUCUUCAACAAUUGGAAGAGCAUACCAAGCAAGUCCAUGGAAGUUAUCGUUGCCAUGUCUGCAGUCACACCUUCACUCAACGUUCCAAUCUCCAACGUCAUGCUCUCAAGCAUGUGGGUUUCAAGCCAUUCCUAUGCGGCAUUUGUCUGCAGGGUUAUUAUCGCAAGGACCACUUGAUGAGACAUAUGGAAGUAAAUCAUCCAACUUCUAAUUCUCGAGAGAACAUCAAGGUCUUUCUCUCCUCAUCACAAAGUCUUGAUUUCCUGAAUAUCAGCAAAUUUGCCUUUCACAAUUUUCCCUCUCUUAGUUCGAUUAGUUCUGAAAAGUCAAAAUCUAAAUGCCAAAGCAGUCUCCCUAAUUGA